AUGAACAGGAACAUGAUUCACUCGCACGAAACGCAUCGCAACGCCAUGGACAAUACCUCACCGGAAAGGAAGAAACAAAGAAUAAGAGUGCAGAGAGCAUGCAACAUUUGCAAGAGAAGGAAAGUGAAAUGUGACGGUAAUAAACCAUGCUUGAACUGUAUCAAGAAAGAAAUCGACUGUGAAUAUAAUAACAGCAGCAACACUACAAAGAAGGAACCUAAUGAUCCUCCCGCGGAUAUAGACGCCGCGGAAUCCUCCACCAUGUCACCACCUAACUUAUUACAUCCUCAAUUGAACAAGGAACAAUCAGAGGAUAACAUGGCUGUCUUGUUAUUGGAUUUAGCUAAAAAAUUAAAACAAAAGAAAAACAUAAAAGACACUACAUCACUGGGAAAUGACGACACGAUACCACCCAGGGUAACUAAGGAUACUAACUCACCUUGGCAAUCAUUCUCUUACGAUAAAUAUAGAUUUCAUAGAAGGUAUCAGAAUGUAUUACCAAAUAAAUUCGGUAAAUCAUUGUUAUCAGCAUUACCACCACAAUUAAUUCAAGAAAAUAAUCUGGAAACUCCAAGAAUACAAAAUUACGCUUGGAAUAUGUCAGGUGGUCAUUAUUUGAAAUUUGAACAAAUGCAUGAAAAUAAUUCAUCUUUAUUAUUCUUCAAUUUCGAUAAUCCAUUACAUUUAUCCACUGUAACAAAAUUACUCACUUUUUAUUUCAAACAAAUUAAUAAACCAUAUGGUAUCAUUCAUGAAGAAAUGUUUUGGAAUCAAUUUAAUAACGGGUUCUUACAACAGGGGAAACAAAAUAAUAAAUCUGCCAAAUUAUUCACUUCCAUGCUUUAUUUAGUAUUAACAAUAUCAAUAAGAUUCUAUGAGGGACUCCCCGCUUCAUCGUUGGAUCAAUUAUUUACACCGCAGGAACAAGAACUAGUACAUAGACAAAGAAUCCUAAGAAAUGAAGAAUAUAUGUUUGGUCAUGCAUAUUCCAUAGUGUCUAAAUUAACUUUUGAAUGGGAAUCAUUCGAAUUGAUUCAAUCAUGGUUAUUGAUCGCAUUCUAUUUGAGAACAUGUUAUAGACAAAUUUCAUGUUGGAAUGCAUUAAGUAGAGCCAUUAAUAUGUGUAAUGGGAUGUCAUUAUAUCUUAAUAGAUUCCCAGAAGUUCAUUCCACAUACGAUGAAGUUAAGGCAUGGCAUUGCUUUUGGUCAUGUUUCAUCAUGGAUAAAUUAAUUAGUUUCCAAUUGGGGAGACUUUAUCAAUUAUCGAUGCCCGUGACAAAUAUGAAUCAACCAACAAAUCCUGAUACGUGGUUCCAUGAUGAAACAAUACAAUUAUUCCAAUUAUCUAAAAUAGUAAUGGAUUUCCAAAAGAAGGAAGCUCAAGAAUUAGAUAUUCAAGAAUCACUGCAAUUACGAGGGGAAAUGGAUAAAUGGUUGGACAAUUUCAUGAAAUCUCAAGAAGAUAAUUCAUCAUCAUCAUUAUUAUUUACUAAUCAACCCUUAUAUCAAUUACAACCAUUCUUAUCAUAUUUGGACAUUAGAGUAACUUUUGAAUUGAGAUAUUUGUUUUGCUUAAUAAAUCCACCAUCUUACACUUCACCCCUAUCGUAUACUUUCCCCAUUGAUAUUCCCUCCCUAAUAAAACAUUGUCAAUUAUCACUAGACUUACUCACUGGUAUAAACUCUAAAGAUUUUUUCUUUGUCCCCUGGUGGUUGAAUUUAUCUCAAUUAUUUAGUAUUGGUUUGGUGAGUGUAGUUCUCAUUCACGCAGGAAUAGAAACUGUGGCCAUGACAACAAUCCUAGAUAAAUCAAUGAAAUUAUGGCAAUCUUUAGAAACUGCGUCUCCGAAAAAUCCACCCGUCAUGUUACCUCAAUGUCUAUGGUGUAUAAGAAUGUUGAAUCAAAUGUGUUGUAUACGUCUUUCCCUCUCACAAUCAAAAUUUGCUUCCAUUGUUGGAGAACAUGGAGGUGAUAAUAGUCAUAAUAAGAAUAAAUUUUCUCAAUUUGGGAAAGUGGGUGAAAAUGAAGAUGAGACAGACAUUGUCGAACCUUCAUUAACCUCACAGAAACCUACCGGUUAUAAUCUUGAAAAUAAUGGAAGUGCCAGAUUAAGCGACAUUCUAAUAAAGGAUAAUGAAGAAACACUGUCAUACACUACUAGGGAUUCAUCAGAGAAUAUAGUAUCAAGUUUAACUCCAGUGGGUGAACAAUUAUCACUCGAUGAUGAUGACGAUUUAUUCGCAAAUUUACAAUGGUUCGAUCAAGAUUUCGUACUAUAG